CGCUAACAGUCACCAUCAUCAAAACAAACGCGGCUGCAUGCAUUCAGGGACGGGCCAUUAAACCAAGAGCGGGAAGUGCCCACCCGCCCUGAUUCGCGCCUCCCUUUUCAACUCUUCACUGGUCUCUCGCCUCCGCCCCCGCGAAAAAUUGACAAUUAACCCCAGCGCGAGCCUCUCCCGUCGCUUGUCGCCCCGUCUCCCGACUCGAUCCAUCCUCCUCCACCGUCCGACUUCACGCUCCAGGCAGCGCCAUCACCACCCACGCCGCCCAGCUUCAGCGACAGUCCUCGGGGCUCGUCUCCAAUAAUCCCACUCUCGCGCCUUUCGUUUCUCGCUUUUGAUAUCCCAUUCCUGCGAAAAUGGGCCUUCCAUUAUUCGUCGCCCCCGUCGAGUCAGACUUACCAUCCAAGGCUACGGACAAGAACAGCGCGACAUCACCAUCACGCUCCGGCAUCCGGCGUCAUGCGCGCCCAGAUUCUCGCGAACGUCGCGCAGCCAUUCGACGCCACAUGUCGAUUCGCGAUCGACUGGCCACCGGCUCCUUACGGCAAUCAAGUUCUUUAUCUGGGAGUGGCCGCCCCAAUGUGCCCGCUCGGCUCCCCGGCGAGAACAUAAAUUUCGGCGAGAUCCAGAUGGAGGACCCGCAUUCAAGGCCAUUCCGCGAAGUAUUGAGGGAGAUGGUCAGAAGCGACGAUCAGAGCAGGGAACGAUUCGAGGAACAGCUCCACAGCCUGUUCAGCGGCGACACCCAACAAGUCAGACCGGCGGAAAAUAACAACUUCCGGGAUGUUGCUGCGACUAUCGGAUGGUGGGCAGGUGAUCCUUUGGCACACGUCCCCCGCACUCGGAUUGAUGGUGAGGACCGCCCGCGCCCGAAUCAGAGAAUCUUGCCAUUGGUGCCACAGCCAAGAGCGUCUCGCCCCCCGUUGGUGACGGGUAGUUUAAGCCGACGCCAAAGGACAGAGUCUCGUAUCCGUGCAUCCUUGUCGGGGUUUGAAGGUAGCGAACACCAACGCAAUUUAAUCAUUCAGCGCAUGCGAGGUGUGGACGGGCUCGGGGAUCGUGACAGGAGCCUGAGUCCUGAGGGUUGGGACACCCUCUUGACCACAUUGACACCUGACCCUCAGCCACCCAGCGCGGGCUCCUCCUUCCACUCCACCGUGGCUUCCCAGAGCGCCGGUGUAUCAUCAAGCACAUCUUUGACCGGACCCGAGCUCGGCGAACCUGGAGCACCAGACCAGCCCUGUGAGUCGGGAUGUGAGAACUCGGACACGGAGGGAGCCGAUCACGACCAACCUGACUCGGGACAAAUCCACCGUCGCUAUAACGAGUCGAGGCGUGUUCGGAUGCGAGUCCCCGACUACGACCUGGAUGGGCCGCUGGACGGGCCGUUAGAAGGUCCGGCAGACGGACCUUUCACUCGGCGCGGGGCAACCGCCUCCGAGCGUUCGGCACGGGCCCGAAAUGGCCCAGUGGACCGCCAGCGUCGCCGACAGGUAAUGGGAGACCCUUUCUCCCACGAAAACAUGUCUCAGGCGCACUUCUACGAACCCCGAUAUGGAUGGAUUGGACAUCUGUCCGUAGGCACCUCGGACGACGAGCAGGGAACGGAGCACCGGAGUCCGAACCGGGAGAGCUCCGCAACAUCGGCGAACAAUGCGACCCCGGGGGAGGAGGAGUGGGCAGGUAUGCAGCGCAUCGUCCGCAGCCUGGCUCGACGGGAGGAUAUACCGGACGAGUGGUGGGCUGAGGCUGGCCUCAGCAGAACACUCCCGCAGGAUGGAACAGAUUAGAAGGCCGGGUAGGCCAUGUUACGAUUUUCCUUGACAGCGACAGUUGGAGGAGGUGGAAACGGGAGAACUGGACGAAACCACGGAGGAUCCAAAACGGCUGAGAGAUGAAAGAAAGGCAGGUGAGGAUGUGCUGUAUCAUAUCGGAGUAUUUUGGGACUUGAUUUUGGCUUGCGAUAGGAUUCUUGGCUGACGUAGCCAUGGUUUUAAUGGGUUAAGCGAACAGCAUAAAUGAAUGCAAAAAGACCACCAAAGGUGGCCUUGUCUCUCUGGCAUGGCUAUGUUUGAAUGUCAGUUUCACGUGGUCCCUCGGAAAUCUCGACAUGUAGGCGUUAAAUAUUUGUGACGCGCGGUUGGUCAAGUAUGGCUUGCGUGGGCGUGUUUUACACAUACAGCUUACUCCAGGCACUGCUCAACG